CGUAGCUGGCUGCAGCACUUUGUGCUGAGCAAUAGAACGCUGGGAAAAAAGAGAAACAAAGUACGUUAUACGAUUCAUUUUUGUGAAUUCUGGUAACGGUUGAAAGAAGAGAAGAUAAGUGACCAGGAUUUUUGCAGUUAAAUCUGUUUCUACUGUGAUUUUCUCCGGUGAGUGUUGUGAUGUAUUUUUACAACCUGAAAUGAAGCUAAUGCUAAAUGGAGUGACAGGCAUUACUGCUUGUAUGUUUCGACAUGAAAACAAAAGAAAACAUAAAACCAAUCGGAGAAAUGUGUAGCACUGGGAUAUUUGAAUGAUUCUCACUGUAUUGCAUUUUUGUAAUGCCAAGAGUCUGCAGUAAAAAUUGUUAAAGUGUUUGUUCAAAACUGCAGGAGGAAAUAAAAGCAGUUAAACAGGUGUAGUCAGAGGCGGAGCAAACCUGGAAAUACAAGUUUCAGUGUCAGUUACAAGAAAUGAUCAGACUUUUCUGGAUCUCAGCAGUGCUGCAGUAAAGAUUAAUGUUAAUUUCUGUCGAAAAUAGAAGAAAAUAAAGAAGAAAAUAAACUGAGAUUUGCUUUCUGCUCCUCAACAAUACGCUGAGAUACUGAGUUCAGAAAUGUCUUCUAGCAGCAACCUGCGGUCUGAGGAUCAGUUUCUGUGCUCCAUCUGUCUGGAUGUGUUCACUGAUCCAGUCAGCAUACCAUGUGGACACAACUUCUGUAAAGCCUGUAUCAUUCAGCACUGGGAGGCUAAUGUUCCCUACAAGUGUCCCCUGUGCAACGAGAUUUUCACCUCUAGACCUCAACUGAGAGUCAACACCUUCAUCAAAGAGAUGGUUGCUCAGUUCAGACAUGAAGCUCAGCAGGAAGCCAGCAGCAGCAGCUCAGCUGCCAAACCAGAAGUUCCCUGUGAUGUCUGCACUGGAACCAAGCUGAAGGCCCUGAAGUCCUGCCUUGUGUGUCUGCUCUCCUACUGUCAGACUCACCUGGAGCCUCAUCUGACCACUCAACGUCUGAAGAAACAUCAGCUGAUGGAGCCUGUGGAAAACCUGGAGGACAGGAUGUGUCUGCAGCACGAUAAACCUCUGGAGCUGUUCUGUAAGACCGACCAGACAAGUGUCUGCUCGCUCUGUCUUGUUCUAGACCACAAGAACCACGAGUUUGUUCCUCUGAGAGAAGAAUUUGAAGGAAAGAAGGCAGAGCUGAAGAAGACCGAGGCUGAAGUUCAGAAGAUGAUCCAGAGCAGACGAGUGAAGAUCCAGGAGAUCAAAGAGUCGGUGAAGAUCAGUAAAGAUGCUGCAGACAGAAAGAAAGCAGAAGGUGUUCAGGUCUUCACUGCUCUGAAGGAUGCUGCUGAGAGAGGCCUGAAGGAGCUCAUAAAGGAGAUCCAAGAUAAUCAGAAAACUGCAGAGAAACAGGCUGAAGACCUCAUCAAAGAUCUGGAGCAGGAAAUCUCUGAGCUGAUGAAGAGGAGCUCUGAGGUGAAGCAGCUCUCACAGUUUAAAGACCACCUCCACCUCCUCCAAAGCUUCUCCUCCCUGAAAGCUGCUCUACCCACCAACAACUGGACAGAGGUCAGAGUUCAUGCUCUAUCAUAUGAGGGGAUUGUGGUGAGAGCUGCUGCUCAGCUGGAGCAGAAGUUCGGGGAGAAGAUGAAGACACUGUUGGAAGCUGAGCUGAAGAAGGUCAAGCAGUAUGCAGUGGAUGUGACUCUGGAUCCUGAUACAGCUCAUCCUAACCUCAUCCUCUCUGAUGAUGGAAAACAAGUUAAUUGUGGGAAUAAAAGAAAGGACCUUCCAAACAACCCAAAGAGAUUUUCUCCAUGUCCGUGUGUUUUAGGACAGCAGAGUUUCUCUUCAGGCAGAUUUUACUUUGAAAUUCAGGUUAAAGGACAAACUAGCUGGUAUUUAGGAGUGGCCAGAGAGUCUGUCAAAAGGAAGGGAGAAUUCACCGAAAGUCCUCAGAAAGGUUUCUGGACCAUUUGGUUGAGAAAUAGAAAUGUGUACGAAGCUGGUGCUGAACCUCCAGUCCGUCUCCAUGUCCAGCCUGGUCCUGAGAAGGUGGGGGUGUUUGUGGAUUAUGAGGAGGGUCUGGUCUCCUUUUAUGAUGUAGAUGCUGCAGCUCUGAUCUACUCCUUUACCGACUGCUGCUUCACUGAGAAGCUCUAUCCAUACUUCAGUCCCUGUCUAAAUGAUGGAGGUGAAAACUCUGCUCCUCUGAUCAUCUGUUAAUCAGAAUGAUUGUUGCACUGAUGAACCAGAACCAGGUUCCAGAAUCAGAACCAUAACCAGAUGAAGCUCCAUGAAUAAUGAACCUGUGGGUGAAGAACCUCCAGUCUGAGUGACUCUUAGGUUUUG